ACGCAUAGCUGCCAGACACACAAUCCUUGUGAGAACAUUGUCGAGUAUGUUGUUCUAGGUGGCUCGGAUAGCGCACCAACUGGUUGUGGUCACGACGGUGUCCUACUUUACUACUGAGUACAGGACGGGUAAUCUGAAUAAACUGACUGGAAGAGGCCAUCAUGACCCGCUCGCUGUGUCUCCUUUCACUCUACGUCGUCUCCCUGUCUGUGGUCGUCGGCUUCAACCUCACCAUCCUCCACACCAACGACAUCCACGCAAGAUUCGAGCAGACCAACAAGUACAGCGGUCAGUGUGGGGUGGACGAUGUGGCAGAAGGGAAAUGUUUUGGGGGGACAGCGCGACUGGUGACCAAGGUCCGUGAACAGCGUUCCCUCCAUCCCAACACCAUCCUCCUGUCUGCAGGGGACGAGUUCUCGGGGACGUUGUGGUUCUACAAGUACCGCGGGGUUGUUGUGGCCAGAUUCAUGAACCUGUUGCAGUAUGACGUCAUGACUGCCUUUGUAGGCGAACACCCCUCCAAUGAGAAACCGGUAGGAGAGUAUCCCCACGUGGUGACCCAGUCGGGAGGGGCCAAGGUGCUGGUGGUGCAGGACUACGCCUACGGGAAGUAUCUUGGAGAUCUACAAGUCACCUUUGACCCGGAUGGUGUCAUCACGUCAUGGGGAGGUAACCCAAUCCUACUGGACAACAACACAGCACAAGAUGAAGCGACGCUGGAGCUGAUGCAGCCAUACAAAGAUGGCGUGGCCAACGAGUCAGGCACGGUAGUAGCUAGAAGCCAAGUUCUGCUGGAAGGGGAUCGGACCUUUUGUCGAGUCGAAGAGUGUAAUUUGGGUAACCUGAUAGCUGAUGGCAUGGUGCACCAGAACCUGAAGCACAGCGACUCCAUGGAAUGGAACCACGUGGCCAUCGCCUUCAUGAACGGGGGCGGCAUCCGGGCGUCGAUACAGAGAGGUGACGUCACCAUCGGCGACAUCCUGACCGUCCUGCCGUUCCGGAACACCGUGGACAUCGUGGAGCUACUCGGGAGACAUGUCCGGGAGACGCUGGAGUUCGCGGCGUCCAAGUGGACGGAGACAGGCAACCUAUUCGGGGGGUUCAUCCAGGUGUCAGGUAUGACAAUCGUGUACGACAUGGCGAUGCCUGUGGGUCAAAGGGUAAUAGAGGUCAAGGUCAGAUGCACUAACUGUUCCGUGCCCCAAUACGUGGAUCUGAAUGACUCCGAGAUAUACAAGAUCAUCAUGCCAUCUUUCAUUGCUAAUGGUGGGGACGGAUAUGACGUCAUCAACAAAAACAAGAUCAAACAUCAUCUGCUUGGGGAUGUCGACGGCGAUGUAUUUAUCGAGUACGCCAAGAGCUUCUCACCACUCACCGCAGGCCUGGAUGGCCGCAUAACACUGAGGAAGGAGCCCACGUGUCCUUGUAGCGAGAUCAAUGACGUCACCCGUCCAUCACCACAGCUCCUUACAUCGACAGUUGCAGUCAUGAUGAUUGCCCUGCUUAUAUAAACGACAUUCAUGGUAGUGGAAGUUAUAUUGAUAUUACAGGCACGACUGGGCUGAUCUGUCGUUCGUAUGUCAUAUAAUUUCUGUUCCUCAUGAGUGUGUUGUGACUAGGUGUGACGAUCUCAGGAUUUGACUUUACAGUGUGCUGAGACAAGCUGUGACAAUCUUGAGGUUUGACAUGAUAGUGUGCGUGUAUGUGCGUGUCAGUCUGUCUUUCUGUGUGUGUGUGUGUGUGUGUGUGUACGUGCGUGUGGUGACUCGGCGAGACUACAUUGAGAUGUCACGUGGCAGGGUGGGACAGGCUUGCCCUUUCCCUAAGAGGUAUCAGCGAUCCAUGCAUUAUAUAUUUCACCAGUGAAUAUUUUUCAGUGAAUAAUCAAAAUAAUUUUUUGUCGUUGAUGAUAUGUCGAUAUUGUGUCGAGAGUGUGACCUCGU